CCUUUUGCGUCACACGCUCUGGCGCCAUCUUUGCUACCGGUGCUGUCUCGUGCGCGCCGGAGCAACACGCGCCGUUUGUCUCUUCACACAGAAAGAAGAUAUUCUCCGUUUAUUAACGCGUUAUACCGCGCUGUUCCUUUUUGAGGAGUGAGGUUUAGACCUCCUCUGUUCUUGUAGAUCUGCGUCGCCGGUGUGCGACAUCAAACCAGCCAAAUGGCCGACAAGAACACCAGAAUCGCUAUCGUGAACCACGACAAGUGUAAGCCCAAGAAAUGCCGUCAGGAGUGCAAGAAGAGCUGCCCGGUGGUGCGCAUGGGUAAGCUGUGUAUCGAGGUCACACCUCAGAGUAAAAUCGUCUGGAUCUCAGAGUCUCUCUGCAUCGGAUGUGGAAUCUGUAUCAAGAAAUGUCCAUUUGGUGCUCUGUCAAUCGUGAACCUGCCAAGCAACCUGGAGAAGGAAACCACACACAGAUACUGUGCCAAUUCCUUCAAACUGCACAGGUUGCCCAUCCCUCGUCCAGGUGAGGUGCUGGGGCUUGUGGGUACCAACGGUAUCGGAAAAUCCACUGCUCUGAAAAUCCUAGCGGGAAAACAGAAACCAAACCUGGGGAGAUUCGACGCUCCUCCUGACUGGCAGGAGAUUCUGGCUUAUUUCCGUGGUUCCGAGCUGCAGAACUACUUCACCAAGAUCCUGGAAGACGACCUGAAGGCUAUCGUUAAACCGCAGUAUGUCGAUCAGAUCCCCAAAACUGUUAAGGGGUCAGUAGGCGCCAUCUUGAGCAGGAAGGAUGACACCAAGACAGAGGAGCUGGUGUGUGAACAGCUGGAUCUGUUGCACCUGCGUGAGCGUAAUGUUGAGGAUCUGUCAGGAGGAGAGCUGCAGAGAUUCGCCUGCGCAGUCGUGUGCAUUCAGAGAGCAGAUAUUUUCAUGUUCGACGAGCCGUCCAGUUAUCUCGAUGUGAAACAAAGGCUGAGAGCUGCCAUCACCAUCCGCUCCCUCAUCUCUCCAGACAGGUACAUCAUUGUGGUGGAGCACGACUUGAGUGUAUUGGAUUACCUGUCAGACUUCAUCUGCUGUCUGUACGGCGUUCCCAGCGCUUACGGUGUGGUGACCAUGCCCUUCAGCGUCCGAGAAGGAAUUAAUAUUUUCCUGGACGGCUACGUGCCGACGGAGAACCUGCGUUUCAGGGAGACGUCUCUGGUGUUUAAAGUGGCAGAGACGGCCACUGAGGAGGAAGUGAAGAAACUGUGCCGCUAUCAGUACCCUAACAUGAAGAAGAGCAUGGGCGAGUUCACGCUCAGCAUCACGGAAGGAGAGUUCACCGACUCGGAGAUCAUGGUCAUGCUGGGAGAGAACGGAACUGGGAAAACCACAUUCAUCAGAAUGCUUGCAGGAGGUCUCAAACCAGAUGGAGGAGGUGAGGUGCCCAUCCUGAACGUGAGCUACAAACCACAGAAGAUCAGCCCCAAAUUUAAAGGCAGCGUUCGAGCCCUGCUGCAUGAGAAGAUCAGAGACGCGUACACACACCCUCAGUUCGUCACUGACGUUAUGAAGCCCAUGCAGAUUGAAAGCAUUAUCGACCAGGACGUCCAGAAUCUGUCUGGUGGUGAGCUGCAGCGUGUGGCUUUGGCUCUGUGUUUAGGAAAACCUGCGGAUGUGUAUCUGAUCGACGAGCCGUCGGCCUAUCUGGACUCUGAGCAGCGUCUAAUGGCUGCCAGGGUCAUCAAACGAUUCAUCCUUCACGCAAAGAAGACGGCAUUUGUGGUGGAGCACGACUUCAUCAUGGCUACUUAUCUGGCAGACCGAGUCAUCGUCUUUGACGGAAUUCCAUCCAGAAACACUAACGCCAAUGCUCCACAGACUCUGCUGGCUGGCAUGAAUAAGUUUUUAGCGCAGCUGGAGAUCACGUUCAGAAGAGACCCAAACAACUUCAGACCAAGAAUUAACAAACUCAAUUCCAUUAAGGAUGUGGAACAAAAGAAGAGUGGAAACUACUUCUUCCUGGAUGACUGAAAAUGCCAUUUCACAGAAUUCCAGAAAUUUAGCCGCUCAAUAUGACAUCGGACCAGCGAACGCUGGCACUGCGGA